UCCCUUCUACCUCACAAGUGGUCCUUUUCCAUUUAAUACAAUGGUUCCCUAUUCUUAUCUUGCACUCUCUUUUACUUUCUUCUCUUAUCCUGCCCACCUAUUUUCUUUCCUUCUCUCCAACUCCCAAAAGAACCUCAGCUGAACAAAAGCAUCAAGAGGCAUCCCCACCUGCAUAAAACUUCCCUACUGAACUUGAAAAACUAGUAAGAAGGCACAAAAGUAUUAUUCAGGAUCUUCAAGCAAGAGGGAUAAUGUCUGCUUCUUCUUCUUCUGUAGUAUGGAGCAGAGAAGAAGACAUAGCUUUUGAGAGCGCCAUUGCCAUGCACUGGACUGGGGACUCUAAGGAACAGUGGGACAAGAUUGCUUCUAUGGUUCCUAAUAAAAGCAUUGAUGAGUUGAAGCAACACUAUAAAACACUUGUUGAAGAUGUUGAAGCAAUUGAAGGUGGACUUGUGCCACUUCCCAAUUACAGUGGGGAAGAAGCUUCUUCGUCGACUAAGGACCAUCAAAGCUUCUCUGCCAUUACAGCUACCGACAGGCGUUCUAAUUUUGGUUAUAGGAGUGCAUUUCCAGGAUUAGGUCAUGAUUCUAGUGGUCAGGGAGGAGGAAAAGGAGGAUCCAGGUCAGAGCAAGAGCGCCGGAAAGGGAUUCCUUGGACCGAAGAAGAGCAUAGGUUAUUUUUGCUUGGUCUAGACAAGUUUGGGAAAGGGGAUUGGAGAAGCAUUUCCAGAAACUUUGUCAUAUCCAGAACCCCAACACAGGUUGCAAGCCAUGCUCAGAAAUACUUCAUUCGUUUGAAUUCUAUGAGUAGAGAUAGAAGGAGAUCCAGUAUCCAUGAUAUUACCAGCGUGAACAAUGGAGAUGUUUCUAGUCAUCAGGCACCCAUAACAGGCCAACAAACCAACACAACCCCAUCAGCUACUGUUGCUGCUGCUCUGGGACCAGCAAUGAAGCACAGGGGACAACAAACUAUGCAUGGAUUGGGGGUAUACGGCGCACCGGUAGGUCAUCCGGUUGUUGCUGCUGCUGCUGCUCCUGGUCACAUGGCAUCUGCAGUUGGCACACCUGUAUUGCUUCCUCAUGGGCAUCAUCCCCCUUAUGUUGUGCCCCUUGCAUAUCCAAUGGCACCACCUCAGCCAAUGCACCAAUAACACAGUUCCUCGCAUAUUUGGUUUAUGACUUCAUUGAUACGAGGAGAUAAAUUCUACAUCACUUUUUUAACGGACGGUGGAAAUGGUGGCUUUGACGACCCAUAAUUGUACGAGUUGGGCACAAGAAGAUUCUGUUCAGCAAACUAAUACCCGCAUCAUAUUCCUCGUAUGUGUUGUACAUAUAGGACUCGGAAAAACAUUUAUGUAUCUGUUUGGAUUGCCCUUUUUUUUUCACAAACUAUUUUUGUUUGUGGAGUCUAUGCUGACUCCAUAAACAACUGUAAAAA